CCCCCCUCCAACCCCCAGUUCCCUCCACCUUCUUCACAGUGUCAUUUCAAUUCUCUUCUCCAUGUGGCUCAAACUCGCGUGUUGAUCGUCACUAGUGCCGGGGGGUUUCGACUGUAAAAAACUGCCGACAGAACAUUAAGUACCCUGGUUGGUUAUGAGAGGGCGGGUUUGAAAUCACCGUGCUUACGUGCGUUGCAGAGCCAGUGUAGUGAUACACCGGCUGAAGUUAUAGCACACGGGCAAUAGAAGAAGAGCAAAUAAAAAAUAUAAAUAGGUUUAGAGUGGCAUGCACAGGUGCAGAUAUGACCACAGAUAAGGACCAGUCCAUGGAUGACCAGUCUCCUGUUGUGGUCUUUGCUGCCAAGGGUAUCGACGUCACUCCUAGCAAAGAUGAGGGAGUUCUCAAGGUGGUGAAAAAACAGGGAGAGGAUGGGGACAGACCCAUGAUCGGGGACAAGGUAGCAGUACACUACACUGGCAAACUAAUCAAUGGGAAGAAGUUUGACUCCAGUAUGGAACGCAAAAAACCCUUCACCUUCAGUCUGGGAAAGGGUCAGGUGAUUAAGGGCUUGGAUAUUGGUGUGUCCUCUAUGCAGAGAGGAGAGGUGUGCAUGCUCCUCUGUAAACCAGCAUAUGCCUAUGGGUCAGCUGGAUGCCCGCCCAAAAUACCUCCCAACGCCAUGUUACAGUUUGAGGUGGAGCUGCUGAGCUUCCAAGGGGAGGUGCUGACGGACGACGGCGGCAUCACAAGGAGGAUAAAGAUCAAAGGGGAGGGCUAUAAUAACCCCAACGACGGAUCAACAGUCCACGUGCACCUGGAGGGUCGCUGUGAAGGGCGUCUGUUUGACUCCAGGGAUGUGCACUUCGUGGUGGGCGAGUCAGAGGACAUGGGUGUUCCUCUAGGUGUAGACAGGGCCAUGGAGAAGAUGCAGAAAGGAGAAUGCUGCAUGCUCUACUUAAAACCCAAGUAUGGUUUUGGGAAAGAGGGUAGAGCACAGUAUAAGAUUGGACCAAACUCAGACCUGGUGUAUGAAGUGACACUAAACAACUUUCAGAAGGCCAAAGAAUCCUGGGAGUUGGAUCAGAAGGAGAAACUGAAAUUGUCUGCUGCAGCCAAACAGAAAGGGACCCAAUAUUUCAAGGCGGGGCGUUAUCUUCAGGCGGUGGUCCAGUACCAGCGCGUUGUGUCGUGGCUGGAGAUGGAGUUUGGUGUGGGCAAGGAGGAGCAGCAGAAGCUCCAGGACUUCCUACUGGCUGCCCAGCUCAACCUGGCUAUGUGCUACCUGAAGCUGAGAGAGUAUGCACUGGUUGUGGAGAAUUGCAACAAGGUGAUAGAGCUGGAUGAGAAGAAUGAGAAGGCUCUGUACCGGCGUGGGGAGGCUCGUCUCUUCCGUAACGAGUUCAGCCUGGCCAUGUCUGACUUUAAACUGGUGCUGCAGGUCAACCCAUCCAACCGGGCAGCACGCGGUCAAGUAUCCAUCUGUCAACGCAAUAUCCGGGAACACCACGAAAAGGACAAGAAGAUCUAUGCCAACAUGUUCCAGAAGUUCGCUGAGCGUGACGUCAAGGCAGGGAAGGGGAAGAGGAGGAGGGGGGAGGACAGUGGAGUGAUGAACGAGAACCAUCAAGUGGCCAUUAAGAGACGACGCAGGAGUCAGGACCACGGCCAGGACUGUCCCUGAUGCUCCAGAGGAGGUCCGGAGGAGGGCAAAGCCAGGGGGGCAGGUCUCCCCUCGCUACCCACACAGAGACCAGGGGUCUGAGGCAGGGACUGGACGGGGCUGGACCACACCCCUCCACCCUGAUCUCAUCAUCCUCUACCUACCCCUCCACCAUGUGUGCUGUACCCAGCACGACAGACAGGGGGCGUGAGUGAGUGGGGAAGGCUCCAAGCCAAACAGCAAUCCUUCCUUCAGUCUAUAACAUGGAAUCCUGUCCAGGUCUUGUCCUCAACAUCAUGCGUUGCGCAAUUCCUCCAAAUGCACACCUCAAUUUAACUCAGAUCCACAGACUGCAUUAUGUUGAUAAUCAAAUCAAAAUGAAUCACAUAAGAUAAUAUAAUAUCUUUUUGCUUGGCAUUGCAUUUUCCCGUUUUGCACAUACAGAUGAACAACGGGUAUCAUUGUAUUUUGGUUGCUUUGAUCUAUUGGUUGGGAUGUCUGGGGUUGCCUUACACCUUGUGCUUAAACUCACAAUUGGAAUCCUAAAUAUAUAUAACUUCACCAUGUGGAACAGUGGUGCGACGCUGAGCCACUAUAACAGACAAAACAGCUGGCAUCAUCGUCACCUAGUUGUCAUGACACCCACAGUCCCAAAAGACUAGUUAUGUUUAGACAGUGAGUCAUACAGUAUAUUUGUACAGACAGUUUGGCUGAAGAACCUCCCACUCUUUACUCUUGAACAUAGAGAAUUAACAAGUACAGACUCAUGGACCAUUGCAUGCUGCAGAUGCUACAUACUGUUAUGUGUUUGCUACUCUCUUUGACUGUCCGGGAAGUCCAAAAUCAAAGGAAGUCCAAUAAUGAAGCUUUAAGUCUCAGCUUUCCAAGCUGCUGUCCAGUCCUCUCUGACUUCAACAUUUCAUUCUCUCCUGGACAAAUGCUUUUUUCCAUCUACGCUGUUAGAAUUUGGGUUAUGUGACUGAUGAUAAUUAGGGCAUAUAGAUUCUAGUUGUGUAGUUCUCUUCCUCCCCAGUCCUGGAAUGGGUGACUGUACUGUCUGACCAUUUAGUACACUUAUUUCCCUCUACUAAAAGAGUGUUAAAUGAUGGACAAUGAUUCACUUCAAUCUUCAGCAAAGAUUGUAAAACCACCGAUGUUGUCUUUUUAAGAAAAGUAACACACAAUGAUUUAAGCCUUGGAUAAAAUCUGGGCUUUAUAUUUUUGGACAUUUGCUUUUGCAUUCGUUGGACAUCAGGCCCUUGGGUGUCUUACUGAUAUUAUCAUUUUGAAACAAAAAAAGGCAGGCUUAAACUCUCAAUAUAAAAAGAAACCAUUGAA